GGAAGUAAUUUACCUGUAUUAUGGCUACGGCUGUGAAUGAAAGUGAUAUUUUUACUUGUCCGAUAUGUUUAGAAAAACUUAAAUCUCCUCAAAGUUUACCUUGUUUACACACUUUUUGUGAAUUGUGCAUCGGUGAGUUUAUUUUAUCAACAGAACGUCGGACAGGACAUAAACUUUUGAGUUACCAUUGUCCCGUUUGUAGAUCAGUUGUUACGCCCACGACAUCUGACAACGAAACAUCUAAGUGGGCAGCCUCUCCACCGCGAAAUUUAACAAUUUCAUCAAAGAUGGACCAAGCAGAAAGUACAAAACAGGAGUGUCACAUGUGCAAAAGACAAAACAAUCAAAACGUGGCAUUACACUGGUGUCGAGACUGCAGUGAAGCGUUUUGUGAAGAGUGUUUACGACUUCACAACCUUGUGAAGUUUUGCGUAGAUCAUAAAGUUGUAAAAAUUGAAGAAAUAAAUACUUGCACUAGCGGAGGCGAACCCGAGUUGAGUUCCAUAUCUGACACAUGUUCACUUCAUCAAUCGAAAAUUUUAGACGUCUAUUGUUUUGACCACCAAGAACUGUGUUGCGUUCAUUGUUUAACCUUACAUCACAGAAAAUGUGAAAAUGUUCAAGCUAUUGAUAUGAUGGAAAAUCUUAACAAUGAUAUUAAGAUAGAAACGCUCACAUUUGAACUAACUGAAGUCAAAAGUAAGAUGGAUAAACUAGCCGAGGAGAGGAAUUUCGAAAAUGAAAAGCUGAUUUCCGUUUUUAAACAAAUUGAAACGGAUGCGAAAAAUACUGUUGUAACGUUAAAGGAGAAACUAGAUUGUCUUCUGGUUUCCGUUAUCAAGGAAUUGAACUUGAUUCGCGAUGAGCAGACACUUGAUUGCGACAAAAAGUUGGAAACUGUAAAGACAUUUUUGAAUCGCAUAAAUCAGUUACAAAAUAUGACAAAUGUUGUGCGACAGCAUGGUACUCUUAAUCAGAAGUUCAUUCAUUUUGAAAGAUCAAAAAUUGAAUUGAAGUCUGCAGUCAAAGAAGCAAGCAGAACUUUGAAUUCGAGUUCAAUUGGGGAUGCAAAAUUUGUUUUGAACGAAACAAUGAAUCCAGUUGUAAAUGCUGAUUGCCUCGGUAAGAUUAACAUCACGAAAAAUUCUACUGUAGAUUGCGAUCAAUAUGAAAAAGAGUUUUACACUAGAAAAAGUUCUCUGCUAGACAAAACUAGACCUCCACUUUCUUACGACAACAUUUGUUUACAGCAUCGUAAAACGAUUUAUUUGCCAGGCUUCAGCAUUUACGCAUUUGCUUAUAUAUCGGAAAAAACAGUAAUUAUAGGUGGACAUGAAAAAAGUUCAUCUACGAUAAUAAAGGCUCUAGACAUUUCAAAUGAAAAUAUUUUAGCUGAAUAUAGCUCUUCAGAAACGAUUAAAAGACUUGAAUACGACUUCGAAACCAAAUCCUUAUUUGUUUCAUGUAAUAGUUCAAAAUUGUUCAGUUUAAAAUAUGUCAACGAAUUUAAUUCCAAAAUUACAAUUAAAAAAAAAGCUCCCUCAAGAAAUUAUGACUUGUGCGUAUUCGAAGGAAUUUUAUACGUAAUGGUCGAUAACGCUGUACAUAAAAUUAAGAUCGAAAAUGUACAAGAAGGAAACCUUCAAACAUGUUUUACGACCGAUGCAAACUGUACGCAUCUUAAUGGACUUGUCAUCGACUGCAAGAACAGACAUUUACUAUACACAUCAAACGGAAAAGAACUUAUUUGUGUGUCAUUAGAUGGUAAAAUCAUUUUUUCGUAUAAAGAUGAACAAUUUAAUAAAAUAUCCAGUUUAGCGGUUCAUCCUCAAGGAAUUAUAAUCAUUGGGAGUAGGGAAGGAGCGAUAUAUGCUGUAAGUGAGGAUGGAAAACGAAUGCGAGUCCUUUUAGAUAACUGCAAGGAAUUCAAAUGCAUUAAUAAUAUUUGUUGUAACACGAACGUAGCCGUCUGUGGAUCUGAAUAUUUAGAAAUUUACGAUGUCACAUAUUAAGCAGAAAGACGAAUUCAAGACAGUCAUAGAUUUAACCAAAAAUUGUAAUUAUUACAAAAGGGGUUAUAAAGUCGAAGAUUAAAACACA